AUGCUGCAGCACAACGGUAACGGAGCGGCCGGUAAGCGGUCGGGUCCCGGGGCGGGGGGGCCCGGGGCGGGGGGGUCCCGGGGCGGGGGUCCCGGGGCGGGGGGGCCCGGGGUGGGGGGGGUCCCGGGGGUCCCCCCGUCACGGCCUGAGAUCAGGAGACACUCCAUCACCGACGACUACAGAGUGUCGACCCGAGUGCUCGGCCUCGGGGUCAACGGCAGAGUCCUGGAGUGUGUGAGCAAGAAGUCAGGGCUCAAGUGCGCCCUCAAGAUUCUCUACGAUAGCCCCAAAGCCCGGCGUGAGGUGGAUCUGCACCGACGCGCCUCAAACACGCUUCACAUCGUCCAGAUCAUCAACAUCUACGAGAACAUGCACCAUGGCAAGCGCUGUCUACUGAUCGUAAUGGAAUGUAUGGAAGGAGGUGAGCUGUUCAGUCGAAUUCAGGAGCGAGGUGAUCAGGCCUUCACCGAGAGGGAAGCCUCUGAGAUAAUGAGAGAUGUCGGGAGCGCAAUCCAGAACCUGCACCUGAUGAACAUUGCUCACCGGGACGUUAAGCCAGAGAACCUGCUGUACACGUCGAAAGCUACCAACCCGAUCCUCAAACUCACAGAUUUCGGGUUUGCUAAAGAAACGACUCUUCAUAAUUCCCUGGCAACACCCUGUUACACACCGUAUUACGUUGCCCCAGAAGUCCUGGGCCCAGAAAAAUACGACAAAUCUUGUGACAUGUGGUCCCUUGGUGUCAUCAUGUACAUCCUGUUGUGUGGUUAUCCCCCAUUCUACUCCAACCACGGGCUUGCCAUCUCUCCCGGGAUGAAGAAAAGGAUUCGAAUGGGACAGUACGAGUUUCCUAACCCCGAAUGGUCCGACGUGUCUGAAGAAGCGAAAGAUUUGAUCCGACAAGUACUGAAGACAGAUCCCACGGAAAGGAUGACAAUCACAGAAUUUAUGAACCAUCCCUGGAUUAAUCAAUCGAUGGUGGUUCCUCAGACUCCACUGCACACCAGCCGGGUUCUCCAGGAAGAGAAGGACAUGUGGGAGGAUGUAAAGGAUGAAAUGACCAGUGCUCUCGCCACCAUGCGAGUCGACUACGAUCAAGUGACAAUUAAGGACUUGGACAAAACCAGCAACCCUCUGCUGAACAAGAGGCGGAAGAAACAGAAUCCAUCUUCCUCCUCCUCAGCAUCAUCCUCCGCAAUCUGCAGCAAUCAGUGAUGGAGAGAGAUGUCGUGAAGAAUCAGAGAGAACUGAGAUUCUACACUGAAAAGCCUAAGGCUUUGGUUCAUAUUGUACCGUCAAGAACCACAGACCAACUGAAGGCUGUAGAUUUUCACCAAGUUACUAACAUUUCCACGUUGAUGCAUUGGUAUUUAGAAAAAUCUACUUUAACCCAACAGGUUAACCAACAAAGUGGAAGGUAACACUGGUUUUGUAUUGAAGAUCCCAAUCUCUCGUUCUCAGUUUGCUCCGUGUGUGUGUGUGUGUGUGUGUUUGAGACGGGUUAACUUGGCUUAUCGUUGAACAACACUGAACCAACCGCCUCUCUGCAAUAUAACCAAACGAAGACCAGCGAUUGAGUUUGCUGUAGAGUGAGUUGAAUCCGUGGGUGAGUGUAUUCUGACCAACAGGCCACCAUGAAUUCACUAAGGCAGGUUUGCCUGAUGUAUUGCGGUGGGUUUGAAAGACAAAUUCUGGCAACUAAAUAUCUAUCUUAACAUGCAGGGAAUUUGAAAGGGUCAAAAGCAAAGGUGAAGCUGGUAAAAUCCACAAACAACACCUUUCGUUGGGGCGUAGGGGAUUGAGUCUGGGUGCAGUGAGGCGGACAGACUAUAUGGGACGGAGGAAUGUUUUUUAAACAAAACUGCAAUGAUGCGCAAAACCGACUCAGGAAUGUAAAACUUAUUUUUUUUCAGGAGUUUUGGAACUGUGAGUCUGCUUUAACUCGUUCUUUUCUAGGAACUUAAGCCAAUGGACCUACUUACCUCUCCCAUUCUUCCAUUCCUGCUGUACAAUUUGCAGACUUGUUUAACCAUAUUUUGGAGGUCAUCCUCCACAUCCUUGUGACCCGCCCAAUUUGCACUCCCAAUUUCUUUCCAUUACUGUUGGCUUUUCAUUCCCCUGCUCUCAUUCCCUGCCCAGGAAGCAAAUAGGACGAUCGUAAACUCUACUGCUGCACUAGCAGAAAUCACCAAAUUCAGCAGACACCAACAACAAAUUACAUUUAUAUAGCGCCUUUCACGUCGGAAGGACCACCCAAGGCAACUAAGAAUUAAUUGAGCGCGAGAACGUCGUCAAUGUGGUUCAGUUCUGCCCUGGACAGAGCUUUGAUUUCAUCAUUGGGUUACCCAAGUUUCCCAAUUUUUUUUAUAUAUAUAUAUUGCUUUUACUUUUUAUGUAGCAUUUUUAAAUCGAGCAUUAUUUUUUUUUCCAUAGAGGUUCUGGGUCAGGGGGCCUUGCUGUUAAAAUUGCUUGAGCUAAGUUAGAGCGUAAGAGUCCUGCGAUUAGAUGGAGUUCAGUUCGAUUCGGUAGGUGGCAGUGCUGGACAACAAACAGCAUUAAAUACAUACAGACAGACGUACAGAACCACUUUAGUAUCCAAGUCAUUGCACAUAGCAGCAAGGUGUGUGGUACAUGCUGAUCAAGCUGCUAAUGGCACAGCACUAUUAAUACCUGCUCCCAGUGUGUGUGCGUGUGUGUGUUAACUCGAAGCUGUGCGGAGCUUGCGACGUUUGUGGAAGAAGUACUAAGUAUUAAGUAUAGAUUUUAUACCCAAUAAUUGUCACCCACGUUACAGCGAAUCCGAAUAAGCCAGUGAGCUGGCAUUGUUGGGUCCUUGUAAACUACCUCCUCUUAAAGCUGCGAUUACUGUCCCCGAGUUGUGUCUAUACUGGGGAGGUGGGCAUUGGGAAGUUCAGCUCAUGGUUCAAAUCACAGGCUCAGGGAUAAACGACCCACGGCUGAAAGCAGUACAAAAACAAAAGGAUGGCUUGUUUUGCUCGCGUGGUUAUCUGCUUUACCCGUCCACCCCUUUCUGAGCUUAAAUGACUUAAAAGGGAAUACCGCUGCCCUCAGAUUUGAUCGUUAAAGACAGAAAUACUCUCGUAAAUGCAGUAGUUUUAAAGAUGCAGUUAAAAGGGAUGCGUGAGAUUGUGAUCACCACUGUGGGGGGGAAGGAAGGCUCUAUGGCAAUUCCAUGCUGCCUGAAUUAUUCCCCUUUAUCAAACGGGAUUUGUUUUACUGAAGCGCAAGUGCUUGAAAACGUGCAUCUUAAAUGCCACGACUCUCACGAUUUGGGAGGGUACUAGUUCUGCAAUCAGACAUGACAUUUACAUCAAUUUGUUACAAGUCGUCGCUUGAUGCCCUCACUUCCGGCUCAUUCUUUUUUUCCUUGGGACUUUAGAUUUCAGUCUCUCAUUCGUGUGUUGUGUAAUUGGCAUCGUCAAGCAUCACAAUCCGAGGUGCUAACAACAGGUGGGGUUUAAUUACUCCGAAGCCUUCAGUGCGUAUGAUCUGCGAAGCUUCCUGAUCUAAUCGGAUCACUGUAUCUUUCUCAUGGUCUUGGUCAACAAUUUUUAUUGAUCAUGUACUUGUUCGAACUAAUUUUUACUUUAAAAGUGCAGAGUUUAGAGCUGAGCUGUUUCUGAUCGUGUAGAUUGCAGCUUUGCGGUCUCCAGAUUCUAUUUUUACUGGAAACUGGUUUUAAUUAAAGGAAAAUAAAAGAUUCGA